GUUUCAAAAUACAAAGAACAAGCAUUUGUUUACAAUUGAUUGUAAAACAACAAUUCGCGCUUUUAUUUUCUGUGAUAAAAUAUCCUCUGUGAUAGAAAAACUUGCAUAUUUUAUUUGUAUUGUCCCAAAUGUCUGAAGAAGAUUAUCCAACGAAAUCCAAAAAUAUAAGUGAUGAUGAUUUGAACACUUCACAUCUGGUCUCCAAUACACACGAUAAUGAUGAAGAUGACGAUGAGGGAGAAGAAAUAACAGCUCAAAAGGUGCUGGAGUUUUUAGAAUCAGCCUGGACCAAUGAAAUUUGUGCACCUGAAAUCCUGCCUCACCAAAGCGAUAUGUUGGAACUGAUGAUGGGACAAGUGGCUCACAUGGAAGAGAACAUGAAAGAUUUGGAUAAAAAUGAUUUUCGUUGUGUGAUCCACCAAAUGGAAUUGGAGCGUAUUCGUUACAUUAUAGCCAGUUAUUUAAGAUGCCGUUUAAAAAAAAUUGAAACAUAUAGCAAACAUAUUCUGAAUGAAGAAGCGACUAGAGAACCAGAUGAAAAACGUUUAUCACCGGAAGAAACAAAAUUUGCCCAGGAAUACUACGAGAAUGUUGAACAAUAUUUCCAGCAAGUUGCUUUACAAUACAUGCCUAAUAUGCAAAGAUCAGAAGCUGAUCAGCGAGUAGUUAGACCAAAUCUUAUGUCUCAUGUUUUCAUAAAGGCGAACGUCUCAGUUCCUGCCGUUGUCGUUGGAGUCGAUGAUGAAGAAGUGGAUUUGGCGGCUGGCUCUCAACAUAUUAUUCCAUAUCAAUUAAUUUCUGAUUUAAUACAAAAGAAUCAGGUGCAAUUAAUAUAAUAAAUUUGUACAUAUUUUAAUUAUACUAUAAUUUCUUUUUCUAAAUUUUAAUUAAUUUAAAUUCUAUUCUUACAUAUAAAUUAAAUAAUGGAUAUACCUUUUAUUGAAUAUUUGUAAAGGCAAGAUCAAAAGUAAUUAUUCAAUAAAAACAUUUUACAAUAACGCAUUUAAUCAAUAAUUAAAAAGAA